AAAAGGAUGUUCCACUGAACUUCAAACCAGUAGUCAGCAGUCCACACCUUCAAGUUUUUGAAAAUGGAUCACUUUCCAUUCACAACUCCCAGGAGAAUGACGUAGGCUUUUACCUCUGCAAAGCAACCAAUGGAAUUGGACAAGGCCUCAGCAAAGUUAUUAAACUGCAUGUAAAAAUUGCAGCUCACUUCAAGACAAAGUUUAUGGCUGAAAAGGUUGAAAAAGGCCACAAUAUAAAAUUAAAAUGUCACGCACGAGGGGAUCAACCCAUAACAAUCAUCUGGCUAAAAGCUAAACAAAACAUCAAUCUGCAAGGUGACCCCAGAUACACAUUAAUAGAGACAGUGUUGCCCCCUGGUGUUACAUCUGAGCUACUUAUCCGCCAAGCUGACAAACAAGACUCGGCCCUUUUUACCUGUAUCGCUUCCAACACGUAUGGACAAGAUGACACUAAUAUACAGCUGAUAGUACAAGAGCCUCCAGACACCCCUCAAAAUGUGCAUAUAAUUGAACAAUCCAGCCGCACUGUUACACUCCGUUGGUCAGCGCCGUACAGCGGCAACAGUGUUAUCACGAAAUACUUGGUUCAGUUCAAACAGCAAUCUGCGAAAUGGCAGAAAGGAACUUCCAAUGUUACAAUAUCGGGCACAGAGACGGAUGCUUUGAUUUCUGGCCUUAAGCCUGCCAGUGUUUACAAUAUGAGAGUAAUCGCAAGAAAUGGCCUUGGUUUCAGUAACCCAAGUGAGGCCGUGGAAGUAAAAACUGAAGAAGAAGCACCAGAAGGCACCCCAGUGAGAGUCCGCGGUAUAGCAACGAGUUCAAAAUCCUUGAAAAUAACAUGGAAGCCACCUAAUCAGAAAUUACAGCACGGUGUCCUGCUAGGCUACUACGUCGGCUACAAAUUGGCCACCUCUUCAGAUCAGUAUGUUUACAGAACUUUGGAAAUCCAGCCAGAUUUUAAAGAAGAAUGUCAUCUGAGUGGAUUGAAGCGGUUCACCAAAUAUGUAAUCAUAGUACAGGCCUAUAACAGCAAGGGAGCAGGGCCUUCUUCAGAGGAAUUACUGUUACAAACUUUAGAAAGUGAUCCACCGACAACUCCCCAGUUAAAAGUAUUUUCAAGCACGCCUAAUUCCAUCUCGUUAACCUGGAAUGCAGUAGAUCCUGACGGUAAUCCUAUUACAGGCUUCACGUUAAGUAUGAUGAAAGAUGACCAACAGAUUGAAGAGGUUGACAUUCCUGGUGACCGGGAAAGUUAUACUUUCAACGAUCUAGCUUGUGGGUCUCGGUACCAGUUCUUCUUAGUUGCUUAUAACUCCGUCGGGAGAGGAGAGCCUUGUGAUAUAGUUGAUGCCAAGACUUUAGGAGAGGCUCCAGUAGCUCCCAGUAAGAACUCGGCUCUAUCUUACAACUCCACUUCUCUCACUGUCAACUUUGCAGACUGGCAGAGUGGAGGGUGCCCUUUAAUCUCGUUUAAAGUACGUUACAGACGCCAACAUGCCCAACAAUGGAAUGAAGUAGCAAAUGACUUUCCCGCUAAAAAGAACUAUUUUUUGGAUAUCCAUGGACUGGAGCCAGGGACUUGGUAUCAGCUGCAGGUUGUAGCGACAAAUGAGGCUGGGAAGACGGACGCCAAGUAUGUCUUCUAUACUCUCGUCACUCCGGAAGUACCAAUGCAAAUGAAACCGAACAAUAGACUCUCCAGAAAUGCAACUCCCUUCUACUUGGACCUCACUAUAAUUAUACCUGUCGCUGUGUCAGUAUGUGUAAUCAUCAUUGUCCUAAUUGCCCUCUGUUUGGUCAUCAGAAGAAAAAACACAAGCAGCUCACAGAAUGGUAGCUCUGUAUAUGGCAUAGCCAAGGGUUCUGCUCAAGCAACUUUGCGUAUGACAGACUAUCAAAAGAAGACUGUGAAGAAAAAGAAGAAGAAAAAGAAAAAGGAGGCUAAAAGUGUCUACUAUCCUACUCCUUACGCAACCACACAACUGGCUGGAGAGUUUUCAGAAAAAUCACGAACAGAUGAGUUUCCCCAGCCUCAAGAGGAGCCACUGUAUGCUACAGUAAAAAGAACACCUCGACCACCGAGAUCUGAUGCACACAUCUACCAGUCUCCCGUGCCUUCCUUAUCAGACAUGGAACAGCUGACCCCAUCUCCUUCACCGACAACAAGUAAGCGAUCUGGUAUGAUGGUUAAAUUAUGUGAUACUCCUGAAACAAAAUACUCGG